GGUGACUCAACAAAACAGGAAGAAGGAAGUGCUCGAAGACUAAGCACGUAUAUCUGUCACAGGACUUUGGUUAUCAGAGCGAAACAGGAGUGCUGGUGUCAGAAUGGCAAGCAGGCUCUCGCUCCCAGGGGUGGACCUCUCCUGUCCCAUAUGCUGUGAAAUCUUCAGAGACCCGGUGGUCCUAAAGUGCAGCCACAGCUUCUGUGGAUCCUGUCUGCAGAAGUACUGGACGCACGCACGGAGCCGCGACUGCCCUCUGUGCAGAACCCAGUCCGUGGACGACCCCGUACCCAGCCUCACCCUGAAGAACCUCUGUGAGUCUUACAUUGAGGAGAGUGAGGGUCCGGAAGAUACGUCAGGGGAGCUGUACUGCGAUCCAGGGGAGAUGUGCCCUCUGCACGGGGAGAGGCUCAAGCUUUUUUGCCUGCCGGACAAGGAGCCCAUCUGCGUGGUUUGUCACACCUCAAGGAAGCACAAACAGCAUGAUUGUUGCCCUGUCAGCGAGGCUGUCGUAGACGUGAAGGAGAAAAUGAAGUCAGCCCUCAACUCUUUGCAAGAAAAGAGGGAUGCUUUUGACCAAAUGAAGAAAAACUAUGAGGACAUUGUGGCAUACAUUCAGGUCCAGGCUCGAUUUGUGGAGAGACGAACCCGCGAGGAGUUUGAAAAGCUUCACUCUUUCUUAAAAGCCGAGGAGGAGGCCAGAAUGCGGGCGCUGAAGAGUGAGGAGGAGGAGAAGAGUCGAGCAAUGAUGCAGAAGAUCGAUGAAAUUACCAGAGACAUAACAUCCGUGUCCGAAUCCAUCAGAGUUUUGGAGGAGGAGAUGGCUUUGGAGGGCGUCUCUGUCCUUCAUAAAUGCAAGAGGACUCUGGCAAGAGCCAACUGCCCCAUCCAAGAUCCUGUUAUGGCCCCCGGAGCACUUAUAGAUGUGGCCAAAUAUGUAGGCUCUCUGUCCUUCCACGUAUGGGAGAAGAUGCAUAAAAUCAUCAAAUACACCCCAGUGACUCUGGAUCCCAACACCGCUGCCCCGUGGCUCAUCCUGUCAGGCGACCUCACCAGCGUCUGUGACAGCGAUGAGAAGCAGAAGCUGCCCGACAACCCGGAAAGGUACGACCCUGACACCGGCGUACUGGGCCGCGAGGGCUUCAGCUCAGGCAAGCACUCCUGGGACGUCAGCGUGGGAGAUAACACGGCGUGGGUUGUCGGUGUGGCUAAAGCGUCCGUCCAGAGGAAGGAGAAAGUGUCUUCGGUGCUCAAGAACGGCUACCUGUGUGUGUACUUUUACCACAAAAUGUACUUCGCCGGUACCUCUCCUUUAACGAGGCUCAACUUGAAGAGAAACCCGCAGAGGAUCAGAGUGCAGCUGGAUUGUGACAAGGGCAGGGUGUCUUUCUACGACCCACAUGACAAUACGCACAUCUACAGCUUCAAGCACGCCAUUACUGAGAGAGUCUUUCCUUACUUCUGGGUGGGCUGUCAGCAGUGUCCUUUGACGGUCGAGCCGCUGGAGGUUUCUGUUAGAGCUGUCGAGUAUUGUUGAAAGUACAUUUGCAAUCAAAUACCUUUUUAUCUUUUUUUCUUCAGCACAAAAGGAAUGGGAAUGUUUUUUUUUCAAUUGCACAUAGUGUGAGGAGAGCUCUCAGAAUAUGAAAUCAAAUUGCAUAAUUUAAGCACUUUCCUUCCUGGUUCAAUACAAUGUCUUGUACAGCCUUUUCCAGUUGACAACAUAAUAAAUACUUUGUCUCUGCUCUUUAAUUUGAUCUCUGCACUUUGACCUGCUAACUUCGGACUAUGUGCUAUUUCUUUAAAAUGUACUAUAUACAUAUGUUUGUGUAAAACACAGUCUGACUGCUUAAUGUGUGUUUUAUAUAUAUGGUGCAGUGUAGCCUGAAAACAUUUAUUAAUCCGGUUUUGGUUUGAUGGAUCAAAGUUUGUGAAAUGAUUCAGAAUUUGCAUGUCAAACUUCAAAUCUGUUUGUUAUUCUGAAGCUCAUUUCUGUUAUGUUAUGGAUACAUGGAAAACACUGAAUGUGCUUUAUGUGCAAAUGCUAAUGAUACAGAAAUUUGAGAGCGCUCAAAUAAAUAUAUAAUUUGCAGAA